CCCGGUUUGAUUACCAACCCAGCCUUUUUGUAACCCGAACCAAACCGGACCAAUGAUACUGCAAUUACUAAAGAGAUGGGACCCUUAAAUAUAUAAAUACUUUUCUUAACAAAAAGCACAAAGUAAACGACACUCUCAUCUCCAAACCGAAAGUGAACGACGAGUUCUUGGCACUUAAUCCAAAUCCUGGUCUUCUGCCAGCAAGAUUGGCACGGAACUCGAGCGGAAGACAUCUGUAGGGGUUGCUCUGUCCGUUUCCUUCAAAAGAUAUAUACUGUUUGGGUCAGAUAAGAAAUGGGUUCUAUGUUCAGUGGAAACCGAUUGAACAAGGAAGAGAUGGAGGUGGUGGUGAACAAGGCCAAAGAGAUCGUCUCUGCUUACCCGGUCGUUGUCUUCAGCAAGACUUACUGUGGUUAUUGCCAGAGGGUGAAACAGCUCUUGACACAGCUAGGAGCAAGCUUCAAAGUACUUGAGCUCGAUGAGAUGAGUGAUGGAGGUGAGAUCCAAUCAGCCCUCACUGAGUGGACUGGACAGAGCACUGUUCCAAAUGUUUUCAUCAAAGGAAAACAUAUCGGUGGAUGCGAUAGAGUGAUGGAGGCUAACAAGCAAGGCAAGCUUGUGUCUCUCCUUACUGAAGCUGGUGCCAUAGCCAAUAACUCAUCCCAGCUUUGAUGAAACUCUGAAGCCGGUGUCCUAGAAGACAGAGGAGAGUGUUAUGUUUAUAUUGUCAAGUAACCAAAUAAAGAAAGAACCUUGUCGCUGUUAACUUUGUUUUUACACAAAACAUCAAAAUGUGCUGUUCAUGUUGGGGUUUGGUUAAUGGAAAAAACUGAUUUUAAGUAAAAUCUGCUGGAGUUUCUUUCUAUUGAACCACUGGUUGUGUUUCUUAUAGCAAGAGUUUUGCCUCUGAAUUUAGCUUUGUACCACGGAAGAGGAGGG